CGGAGCGCAUGCGCAGAGGGGCGGUGCCCAAGAGAUUCUACAAGUCCGCUGGUUGUAGUCUUUGCUUUAACCUGAAAGGCUUACCUGGCAUACCCUUGGCUGAGAGAGAAAAAGGAGAAAUAUUCGCGGAGAAAACCUUGAGAACUUAGACCUAAACAGUAGCUUCUUCCUCAACACGGAUAUGACACAGGAGAAAAUGGAACUAGACUUGGAGCUGCAGCCGAGUUCAACCACCACUGACGGCAACAUCCUGAGACGAUUCAACAGUGCCCCUUUGAUCAGUGGGCUUGGUGAUGAUAAUUCACAGGUGUUCCAAGCUGACACAUUAAGAACUAGAGGAAACAGUACAACAUUUAGGACCCAAAACUGUCCGAUUUUGCCAUCUUCUCCCAUUCACACUUCUAUCCGUCGUCUUCAUCAAAUCAAACAGGAAGAAAGCAUGGAUUUAAUGGAUAGAGAAACAAUGCAUGAAUGGGAGGUACAAACUACAAUCCAGAUAAGUCAUUCUUGGGAAGAAUGUUUGAACUUGAGUGAUAACUUAGAAAAACCAUCUUCUCCAAAGAGUAUUGAUUUAAUUCCAGUAUCCUCGGCAGCUUCUCCCUUCAGGAGGAAUGGAAAGGUGAAAUGGCAUUUGAAGAUCAGCCAAAGAGAUUUUUUCAAGGCAAAACCAACGUGUUUUCUUCCGAUACUACCGAACUGUCUGACAUGAAUGUGGGAUUGCUCCAUCUGGAGCCCACUGCACUACAGCUCUACUACCUUCCGGAAGCAUCUUAGGUAGGUCUCCAGACAGGUUUGGUCCUAAUAACUGCAGCAUCCUGCUACCAUUUUUGAAAACGUGAAGGUAGCAAAAAGGCACUACUUGAGGGUUUUAAAGUUGCCUAUGAAGACUCUUAUGCCCUCUGCUCUACCUCCAUUUAUAGCAAAGAAGAAAGCAGCAAAAACAAAAUUUGGCAAACAUACUAAAUAGAUGAAUACAUUCUAGAGAUCUGCUAUACAUAUUGUGCCUGUAGUUAACAGUAAUGCAUUGUACACAAAUAUUUGUGAACAGGGUAGAUCUCAUGUUAAAUGUUCUUCCCACAAUAAAAUAAAAUAAAAUAAAAUAAACAUUUAUUAUCUGGCCUGCUAUUCUACAGUUCUGGGUUUAUGUGUACAAUAUUCAUACCCAUAUUUUUAAGAAACCUAAUAACAGCAUUUUCUAUCAUAUGGCUUUCCCACUACCUUUCCUUUCAUUGAAAGGAAUACCCAACAGCAACACAAUCUUUGUGUUUUAUUAAUGCAAUAACGCUGUUCAUUAUUAAAUACAGAUUUUCUAAAUUAUUAAUACCUUAGCUGUUGUGCAAAGUUUAACUGAGGCUUGUCAAAACCAGAGAAGUAUGAAAACAAAUUCAAAUUUGGUAGUGAUUAUUGCUUGAGAUGAAACGAUAGCAUAAAUACCUAAAAACAAGUCUAAUUUCAGUUAAUAAAUGAAGUAUUUUUACAUUUAUAUUUGUUACAAAGGUAAAUUUUCAAGGAAAACAAUUCUUUACAACAAUUACACUGCUCACUGCAAACCCACAAAAAGAAAAUUCCAAGGAAUUUUUAGUAGAGAAAUUCCAAAAACAUUUGCCUAAGUGCUUGAAAUUUUUCAAAAUGGAAAUAGCUCUUUUUUGAUUGUUGUAAAAAUUUUAUAAAGAUAGAGAAAACAUAAAAGUUUCUAUGUAAUCCUAUCUUUCUAGAGAUAACACUGUUAAUGACUUGGUAUAGAUCCUUUCAGGUUUUUUAAUAUCCACAUAAACAUGUAAAAUAUUUUUUCCUAAAUGAGACCAUAUUAUACAUACUGUUCUAUGUAUUUUUUUUUCUCUCACUUAGAAAUAAAUCUGAACCUCUUUCCAUGCCAAUAUAUAACCACCUAUA